AUGACUGGGAAAAUCCGCUGCCUUUGUUGGGCGCUGGACUAAAGUUGUGAAGCGGCUAGAAGGGCUGCUAAAAAAGGCAAGGGAGCGCCAGUUUGGGAGUUUGAGAGGCUGUGGUAGUAAGAGGUGACUGACCGCGCCCGGCUCCCAGGGCCGCAACUUCUCUUCAGCUGCAGUCAACGCCACCUCCGAAGCCUUCUCUCACCGGGCAGCUUCUCAUGUGGGACCGGGGGGAAGGUGUCAGCUUAGCCCCGCCAUCCCCACAGCCGCUUUAGCGCAACACACCCGGUGUCUCUGUUCUGUUUCAUGCUCAGCACCCCGCACAGCCGCCGCCGCCAUGGGGAAGAUGCUCUCCAAGAUGUUCGGUAACAAGGAGAUGCGGAUCCUGAUGCUUGGACUCGAUGCCGCCGGGAAGACGACCAUUCUAUACAAGCUAAAGCUCGGCCAGUCCGUCACCACCAUCCCCACCGUGGGCUUCAACGUGGAGACUGUAACUUACAAAAACGUCAAGUUCAACGUAUGGGACGUUGGGGGCCAGGACAAGAUCAGGCCGUUAUGGCGGCACUACUACACCGGCACUCAGGGCCUUAUCUUCGUUGUGGACUGUGCUGACCGGGACCGUAUAGACGAGGCAAGGCAAGAGCUCCACCGUAUCAUCAAUGACCGGGAAAUGAGGGACGCCAUCAUCCUAAUAUUUGCAAAUAAACAAGACCUCCCUGACUCCAUGAAACCCCAUGAGAUCCAGGAGAAACUGGGUCUGACCCGGAUCAGGGAUAGGAAUUGGUACGUGCAGCCCUCCUGUGCUACCAGUGGGGACGGUCUCUAUGAAGGACUCACAUGGCUAACAUCCAAUUAUAAAUCCUAAUGACUAAUCAAUAAAAACAGCAUCUGCACAAUGAUCAUUCUGCUUCUCAGAAGUUAUAUAGGCGGGUAAAAGCAACCUGUUAGGAUUUUGCUGUCCCCCCCCCCCCUAUUGCUCACCACUUUAAAAGUUUCGGUGGAAUACUUUAUCAUUUGUUUUCUUCUAUGCUUUGCAUUAGGAUUCCAAUCUCCUUUUUCAAGAUGCAAAUUCUAUGAUAUGUUUAAAUACAAUGAUCUAGGAAGCCCAUCCUUUUCUUCGUAGGGUUUGGUUUAGAGGGUUCACGCUUAAUUCACCCGGUUCUGCUUCUCGGCUUUUGUUUUCAUCUAUUGUAGAUUUGCCUUCCUACAGGGUAUGUUGCUAGAAUGAUUUCAACUAGUAAACUUUCAAAUUAUAUUCUUUAAAAUCACCCCUGCCGUUUGUCUUUUAUACUAAAGCGGUUGGUAAUAAAUGAUUGGGUAGAUUUUUAAAUAUUGCCGGGAUGUUGGUCUUUUUAUCUAAGGCCUACCUGGUUAUUAGACCCAUAAAUAAAAAAGAAUGCCAGUUACAAGUAUUUUUAGAUACAAAUCCUGGACUUUACUCCCUCUGCAUGAGUAGAACGUACUCUGUGUGCUCAAGAUAUUUACCAAAACCAUAUAUGUGUUUUCAAUAGUAUAAGUGAGAUAUCAUUGAUAUAUCAGUGGCCUGUCUUUAGGACAGGUGGAAAGGAACACACAUCAAAACCUCCUGUAGAAUGACCUUAGGCUACUGGAGCCACAAAAGAAUUACAGGCACGAUUACUUCGGCUGUUCAUAUAAAAGCGAUAACAAUCAAAAUAUUUUGACAAGUUAGAUGCAACUGUAAAGCAAACUAAGUAAAUCUGGGCACUUGUCUGCUAUCCAGGACUAGGUUGGACUCAAUAGCCUUAACUGAACGCUAGAGCAGGAUUGUCUGAGUUGACAGGCAGGUGCUGGGUGGGGUCCUCCAUUUGGUAAAGGAACCCAGCCUACUUUAUAACCCCAUAGAUAUCUUGUUCAUGUAUGGGAUCAGCUAUGCUGAAUGUUUGAGGGUCUUUCAUAAUGUGGAGCACCAUGCCUUAAGAUACUAUACAUUUUUUAAAAAUAAUUAUUUUGUCAUCCACGCAGAUUGUCUCACUUGUUUAACAUGUUGUACUAAACGAAUAUUUGUUUAAAUAGGACAUUUUGGGGAAAUACAUGGCAGUAUUUUGGAGUUUUCUGGCCAAUGGAUUUCCAGAUAACUGAUCCCAUACAUGUUUGGCCUGGUAUAAAUAUUUUAAUAUAUCUUCUUUCCAUUAUAUGGAGAAAAAAUUGCACAGUCCUGUUCCAGUGCAGGGAGAGUAUUUAAGCUGGCCUUUGCUGAGACUUAUGCUGGGUUGUAGUAUUUUUUUGCAAAGAUUCUAACACCCUAGAUGUUGAGAAGCUGGCCUGACUGCAACAUUCUAUUUCAGGAAAUACACCUGCUUCUCUUGCUGUACAGUGUUCUUUGUUAAGCAGCAGUUACCAAAACUUGUUGCAUCUGUUUUAGACUGCAGUAAGUUCUAAGAAAUAUUUAUUAUUGUUAAUGUAGUUUAUACCAAAGGAAGCAAGAACAUCACAAUGUCUUGCAGCCUGUUGCUGCCCAAAACUGGCUGCACUCUCAUAGCUUAGGGUGAUUACUGAAAAUAACCAGGGCCUAAAACACUGAAAAAUCAGUACUGCAAUAUGCAUUUCCCACAGUAGUUCUGCACUUUGAGUAUUUGCAUGUGUCCCUAAAUCAGAUCUGUUCUGUAACUGCAUCCAUAAAGUAGUUUUCUGACCCAUUUUUCUGGAACACAGCAUGUUUCUCCGGUUAUAUGGAAACAUUUACUGUACUUUUCCAUCUCCAUGACUGAGCCAUUUAUCAUUUCUUUGCAUUAUUCUGAAAUGGGUUUAGUGUUCAGUCCGAAAAGAUGUUUAUGGGUAUUGGAGUUUAAAAAAUGGUAGUUCAUAAAUACAGUCAAGAAAUAACAAACCUAAAAAUAUGCCAGGCAACACUACCCUGCAGCUUACAGUGUUUUUUGUGUCUCAGAAAGGCAGUCCAGAUAAAGUACUGCCAUUUAUUUAUAGGUCUAUUACUUCAUGCUGGAGGAGCAUAGAAAUAUAGGGCUAUUGGCCAUUUUAAAAACACUGCCUGCAUUUUUUUUAAUGAAACAAAGGUUUUACACAAAUCUGAGGCUGUUACGCCAGGAUUCAUCUUCUGAAUGGGCUGGGUAUCUCCCUGGCCAACUGUCAAACUUUGUUAAUCUAGUAAAUCGUAACCAGUGAGUGAAGGGGUGUGGCAUUUUUAAGGUUGCACUGUCGUUAGGAUUCAUUUUCUGUAACUGUCAUUUUAUGUUAAGAAUUCCCUUGUACUUGGAGCAAUACAGAAAAUUAUGCAAAGAGCAUCACUUUAAAAACAGAUUAUGCGAAGCACAACUUUGUAAUUUAGAAGAAAUUGCAAAGCAGUUUGGCAGUUAUUCGUCUGUCUGUUGGAAAGGUACGUUGCUCAAAAACAGUAUAAAUAUAUGCCUUUAUAAAUAAAAUACCAAUAUUAUUUCUGUAA